AUGGCAUCUGGCGGUUGGGUAGCGGAGCUUGAUAAGAAAGAACACAAAAACUGGGUGAUGGUUGGUUGUGCCCUGAAUAUGACCAAAAAAGGAAUUACAUCAAAAAUUCAAAACAAAAUGGAAACUUGGUACCAGUCCAUUAUUUCCAGUCCUCCGCUUCAGUCACUUUCAUCUUGCGCUUGCGCAUCGUCAGCAUCAAAGUGCCUCACUUGUGACACUUGGAAAAAGGAACUGAAACGUCACCACACAUCCGGGCGACCGAAGAUUUGCUGGGACAACAGUGACCGAACACAGUGGGGAACUCCGACUGGGGCAUGGGAGAUAGCUAAAGUCUUUAUGCCAACUCUUGGAGGUCGUAAAAAAGAUGUUGUCGACGCCGAAACUACUGACAUUGGUGGUCUUUUCAACCUGCUUGAAUGGUGUCCUUUUAUUAAUCCUCCUACGAGUCGAACAGUUUUGACGUCGGCAAGAGAUGAGUGUAGGAAUCAUUGGGCGCACGCUCCGAAACAGGAAAUUCAAGAUGCCGAUCUUUCAAUCAUAUUUGGUCAUCUUAAUAAUCUGCUCAAUGACGCCGUGUUCAGUGCUGACAAAGACGCCCAGCAAUCGUCGAAAGACUUGCAAGAUUUGUUUCGUAAAGGUCUGGUAAACGUCAGGGAGUCUGAAAUAGAGGCUCUUCACUUGCUUCGCCAUUCACUUGUAGCUGACCUAACAAAAUGCCAAGAUGAUGUGUCUGAUGUUCGGAAUGACAUGUUGAAAGUAGACGCAGAGAUGGCAAAGAUCAAGAUGGUUAUGCAGAGUGAUUUAUCUGACGUGAAAGAAAAAGGGGAUCUAAACAGAGAAGAGAUAAGGAAGUUGGCACAGCAGUUGGAUGAGUUAAAAGACGUGAUGGCACAUUAUUCGAAUGACUUAUCCACCAUUCUGAAAGCUGUCGAUGAUUUCAACAGAUUUCUGAAUAAAAGGGAUGACCUGCAAAAAGUCUUCGAAGCCAUCCAAGAUGACUUAGAAGUUGUCAAAACUAAACUGAGUGUAACACAGUCUAAAGUUACCAACACUGAAACUUCCGUAGCAAGUUUGAAAGACAACGUAAUAGAAGUGCAGAAAGUUGCAAUGGAGACAUCUACACAGGUGUCUAUUUUGCAAGAGAAAGUGGUAGGCUUGGAAAAAGGGCAGUCCACACAAGAACCGAAUGACAGUGAUGAUGACGCGUUGUGCACCGCUCCAAGUAGGUUACCAAUGUUCACGGGCCGCAAGUCAGCUCUUGAUUGGCUGGAAAAGAGCCUCCUUUCGAAGAGCGUUGAGGCCAACCCUGGGACUUCCUGUUGCACUAAAACAGUAUGCGGGCUUGGAGGCUGUGGCAAGACAUCUUUGGCUGUAGAAUUCGCUUGGAGCCACAAAAAUAGCUUCCCAGGUGGGGUGUUCUGGAUCAAUGGGGAAAGCGAUGAAAAUAUAAAUAAAUCGGUUGCUGAGAUACUUUCUCUGAGAAACAUUCGUUCCUCAACAAAUGACAGCAUCGAUGACACCUUGAACAAAUUCCUUGCGUGGUUGUCCAAGAAGGACCUUCCGUGGCUUCUUGUGAUGGACAAUGUGGACGAAUUGCAAGAUCCUAGGUGUCCCAAAGGUGUGAAGAAGAUAUGCAAGGGGCCGUGGCAAAAAACUGGUAAAUCACUAAAGAACGGCCGCAUACUUUUAACAACAAGGCAAAAUGCAAAGGACGCUAGAGCUUUCUUGAUGUAUUCAACUGAUGACUUUUUGGAGUUGCCAUGCUUAAGCGUAGAAGAUGGCGCUUUAUUCCUCAUGAAAAGAACUGGUCUUAUAAAAGAGUCCCUUGAUCCAGGUGCGAUUUCACUGGCGAAAGAACUAGGUGCAUUGCCACUAGCUCUGGAGCAGGCAGCAGCAUACGUAACUGCAUGUCCUAUGCCACUGACCUUUACUGAGUACCUAGAAAAGUAUCAAACGGUAAAAGUGCGCCUUUUACAACAACAGCGUGUUACACCACUAAGCAUGGAAGCUCAACAUCGCUUGUCGGUAAAUACAACUUGGGAGAUGAAUUUUGAAUAUGUAAAACAACGAUCACCAGCUGCCGCCACUAUGAUGCAAGUUGCGGCCUUUUUGGAGUCUGAAAAUAUCCCAAUUGAUGUGAUCAAUCCUGGAUAUCCUGAAUUAGAACAAGAAGAGUUAAGGGAUUGUGCGCGUUCAAAGUUUGACAUUGUCGCCCUUCUGAAGGUGCUGUCAUGCUAUUCGCUUUUCUCAAUUGAUCAUCGGGUCAAAGUUUUCGGUGUCCAUAAACUUGUUCAAGAAGUUGUUAGAGAGAGUCUCACUACAAAGCAAAGGGUAGAAACACUAGUGGCUGCCACUCGACUUCUUCGUUUAGCAUUAAAAGUAAAAACCAGUGGGACUUGUGUGAAUAUUUUUAAACAUGGCACUUUACCGAAUCUAUCAGGAUUAAAAGAAGAGGAAAGAAGUCUUGUCAUUGCCCUUAUUUUAAAUGUACGCAAGUUAAAGAAUCAUAUUCAAGAAGAAAUCGAUGCUUUAGAUCCAGAUGACAAUUUGACCCAUUUUCUUUGCAGCGAUGACCUCUUUUGUCUAUGCCGUUUCGCAAGAUCUUUAAUUUUGAGCAACGUGUUCUUCAACAAAAUUAACAGUGAGCUCUGCGAUUUUCAGUUGAAAAUUGUUAAAAUUCGAGGCAAUCAGGACCCAGAUUUCCUUCUUAAAUUGAUGGUCGACGCAAGUAUCAGUAAAAGGAACAUUCCGACUCGUGAGAACUAUGAAGACGCAAAGAAACAGGCUCAACAAAGUGUACGGGAACUAGCUGAGUUUGAAACGUCUGGUUUUGUCAUUGACGCCGAUGUCAAAUAUGGAGUUCUUGAGCACAUGGCUUCCUAUCACGCAUUAGAAGGGGAAUGGGAGAGAAACUAUAGGGAAUUGCUGAAACUCGAGAGCUUAUCAAUAUCUGAUGAGAAGACUGUGGAUCUGCAGAUCUGUAUAGCACGAGCUGAAAAUUACGUGUCGGCUGGUAAUUUUCAGUGCGUUUUGGACCGUUAUUUAAAGGCUCUUGAACUUGCUCGAAAAAUCUAUCCCCCAGAUCACAAAGAGCUGGUUCGUGUUUUACAAUUUGUAACCAAUCAUUUCGUUAUUGGCGGGAAGCUAGUCCAGGCACGAGAUUAUGCCAAAGAGUUGUUGUACAUUGCUAAGAAACAACCUCAGUGCUCAGAUUAUUACAUCAGGGGGAUAACAAGUGCAGUUUCCACUAUUAGUUGUUUUGACCCACAAGGGGCUGAAGAUACACUUCGCGGAAUUUUGGCAGACAGGUGGGCUCGAAUGUACGAUUACUUGCAGCGUGUAGAAUUUGACAAGGGUAUGAUCGACAGUCACCUUUUAGUUGAUGAAAGCAGUCGUGAACAUGCAGCCUUGGUUCUUCUGGAGUUACUGAAAUGUUUCCGAGACUAUAAAUACGAAUUUAAGAAGAGAGAUGGAACCUUUUACCGGAAUAUUGCAGAAAUGUUUGUUUUACUUCGAAAGAAAAUGUAUCAUGUUGAUAGUCACCCAGAAGUUAAAGAGGCGUACUCUUUUCUUGUGAUGGUACUCAAAUCCCUUGGACAUCAGAACGAGGCCCAAAAAAUUGAAGAACGAGUAAGACAGUGCAAUGAGAAACCAGUAUUCAACCGUUUUUUCGCAAGAACGCGUUGUGACGCAAGAGUAGUCGAGGCUAGGAACUUCAAAGGCAUUGCUAAUUUCUCUUUCAAAUCAAGAAAUUAUUCGAAGGCUCUAGCGCUUUAUAAUGAAGCACUUCAACGUUUUCCAGACGAUGCUAAGGUGCUAACCAACAGAGCAGCAACGUACGUGAAGCUUUCAGAGCAAGAGGGUUCAGUGCAAACUAAACGGGAGCUUAUUGAAUGCGCUUGUCAAGACGCAAAUAAGGCGAUAACUAUAGAUCCUUCUUGGGUGAAAGGCUACUACUGGAAAGCUGUUUGUCUCGCUAAACUUGGACAUCGAGGUCCAAGUCUUGCUGCAGCUGCUGUUGCCAGUUACUUCCUCCCAUCCCAAUGCUCUGGAAUACCAGCCGUUGUGGAGCACUACGGACAUUACAUUAUAAACGUGAUUGCUACAGUUGAUGAUCUCCUUCAAAUAGUCAAGAGAGAGGCCGGAAGGAAUCUUGUUAUUUUGCUUAAGGAAGGCAGAUAUGAGUUAACGAAGCCACUGAAAGUUCCAGCGAACGCAGUAAUGGUUGGUAUGGGAAAAGUCCAAAUCGUCUGCACCAAAGGUGUUCUAUUGCACUUGGAUAAAACCGUUUACACUGAAAAAAUAGAACUGUCAUCCUCAGUUGAUUCAAUCAAAAUGCUCAAAGAAAAAGCUAAGGAGAGCCUCAAGCGUGGCCAAUUAGAUGAGGCCUUAUCUCACUACAGCGAGGCAUUAGCCAUAUGUCCAGAAGACGAACACCUCCUAACAGCUAGAGCGUCAACCUGCUUGAAAUCAGCAGAGGAAACCCGGAACAUAAAUGAGCGAGAAUCCUUAUUGGAGCUUGCGUUAAAAGAUUCAGAAUCUUCUAUCAGAGCGAAUCCUUCUUGGUUUCUUGGGUACCACGCCAAGGCAGCGACUUUAGCAGAGUUAGGAAGGAAACACGAAUCUUUGGCCGCUGCUGCUAUCUUUAAUCACUUGAGUUCUGGUCGAGAUGUUUCUUCCGUCAUUCAACGUUAUGGAGCGUUACAAAUCCAUGCUGUUAAAAGCUCAGAUGAAUUGCGCAAUGUUCAAGAGAUCACGGAGCGUGAGGAAGUAAAUCAAAUUGUUCUGUUAAAAGAAGGGGAUUACCUAUUGGAAAAGACCGUUGAAAUGAAACCAGCAGUCGUUAUUGUUGGUGUAGGGAAAGUAACUGUUUCGUGCAAGACUGGAGUACCUUUUCACUUUAAAAAAGAACACCACGUCGAAAAGGUGGAACUUCUUCGAGGCUGUGGUGAGACGCUACAAUCACAAACAAUUACGAGUUCAACAAAUGACUCUGGUCAGGAAGACGUUAUAUCUUUGCCUGUACCCCCCGGCAAUGACAACUCAAGCGCCAACAGCGAGUGCAAGGUGAACUAA